UUUUUUUUUGUUCCAUAUUUUUACUUUUAUAUUUUUUUUAUUGGUCUUAUCUUCAUUUGAGAGAAAGGAUCAUACUUGACAACAUUUGUUUUACUUCGAUCCAUGACUGAUCAAUCAACUACAAGAAGCAAGGAUGCAACGAACUUGUCUCAACCUGUCUUUGAUCAAAAUACAACAUAUCAACCUAUCCAACGAUCGCCUUAUGUUCCUCCACCACCACCUACUCCAAUAAACGAAGUACAAAAUUACUAUAAUGCGGUAUAUAAUACUGAUCACCGUCCACCAGAUUUGAUCUUCUCCUCUUCCUCUUCCUCCUCCUCCUCUUCCUCUUCUUCUCCUGGUGUUAUGUCAACAAACAAAGCAGCUGUCAGUCAAAAUGUAUCAAGCAGCAAUUCUCGACUGGCAGUUUCAGAUAAGGGAACAAAGCGAGUACUUUUUGAUUCAAGAUCUCCAUCACCAACUCAUAGUUACUCGGAUGUUCAUGACCAUUCCAAACGAGCAAGACAUUAUUCAUCUUCUAAUGGAUCAACAAUGAAUGACAUUUCUCGACGAACUGACAGGCAUAAAAUAAUUGAUGUAUGGACUGGUAUUUCAUAUAAAGAAAUGGGUUCAAGUUUUCAAGUGGGUGUGGGUAUACAAUUUGAAGAAAAGGUGAACAAGUCUGCAGCUUGUGCUUUGACAUACGAUUAUCAGCCGUCCCGUCAUGGUGAAAUGGUGAGUAUUCUGCUAGCUUUGGUGACAGCAAAAAAAUUGGAUUUGGAUCAUACUACUCUUCGUAUUCAUACAACAACAAUGGACCAAUAUUUUUCACCACCGCCUACAGGAUCAUUACAUCUCCAUUCACACGAAAAACGAUUUUAUGAAGGCAUAUUGGACAUUAUAAGCCGACGAAAAGGACAAGUCAUAAUAGUAUCAAACAAGGGUAAUUCUCGAUCUAGAGAAAGUGAAAUAGCAAGCAGGGGUUCAAAGGAAAAAGCUAUCAAGGCACGAAGAGAUGCGGGAAGAUCUGAUUUGUUUUGGAUUCCUAAUAAAUUAUUGACUAGCGAUUAUGGUCGUAUGAUAUUAUCACGACUAGCACAAAAUUCAAACUAUUCCCAGAAGCAAACGGAAGAUAUCACAAACAGUAUAUUGUCAGCAAAGUCAAGGACCAGUGAGACUCAACAACCAAUAGUACAGGUGAAAUCAGAACCACAGUCAUCAUCACCAUUACCAACGCGUAAAGCCUUCAAUGCACAUUCAGAAGUACCUUUAUUAUCUCCACCUUCAGGCUGGCCAUCUGGUAUUCCUUUUCCUAUACCAGUUCAUAUUUCAGCAAAACUUAUAUCGCAAAUUAUUUCAUUGACGAUCAAACCGACCUCUAGUGAAAUAGCCAAUUUGGAUCCAUUUACAAGAUCGAUAUUCUCUCAAAUUUUACGACAAAAUGAUUAUAUUCCUGAAGUGGAUCUCUCUCAUCAACAAGAACAAUAGCCUUAGUAUCCCUAUUGUCAUUUAUUAUUAUAAUCAGUAAUCAACUUCCUCUGGAUCUGUAUAUAGUAG